GGAGGACAAGCCGGCUCACAGCGGUGCAGGCGGCCCCGUCUGCUGCUGCUGCUGCUGCUGCCGCUCCUUCUGCUGCUCCUGCUGCUGCUGCCGCUGCUGGUGGUGGCGGUGGUGGGGAGCUGCGGUGGCAGCCGGUGCCCCUCUCACUGGGACAGGGCUGUGUGGACGACGCCGUACCCCGCUGGGGCCACGCGAGUGUCGUACAGGGCCCCCGCAUCUACCUGAUCGGGGGGUACGGCGGCGGCGGCGCACACGCCCGGCGCAGCGACGUGCUGCAGUACGACACCUCCUGCCGUACCUGGCAGGCGCUGACGCUGGCCGGCUCGGCGGCUCCCUCGCCGCGCAUGGGGCACACGGCGGUGCUCAUUGGCGGCAGCAGCGGCAGUGGCGGCAGUGGCGGCAGUGGCGGCAGUGGCGGCUACAUUGUGCUGAUCGGCGGGCGCACCAGUCCGGUGGACGCGCUGAGCGACGUGUGGCUGCUGGACCUGGCGGCGCGGGUGUGGGUGCGCCUGCAGCCGCAGGUGGACCCGCGGGACACGGCGGGCGGGGGCUGCACCGCCGCCGCUUCGUUCCCGGGGCGAUACCGGCACUCGGCGGUGGCCGUACCGCCUCCGCCGCCUCCGCCGGGGUCGCCUGAGGCGGUGGGGUCGAGUGGCAGCAGCAGCAGCACCAGCAGCUCGCUGGCCGGGUGGCGGGUGGUGGUGUUCGGCGGGCGCAAUGCGGAUGCGGUGCUGGGGGACACGUGGG